AUGGCUUCAAAUAUUGCAGAAAAAGAGACUGAUGGCUGGUUGGUAGCUUCGAUUUGCGCUUAUACGCUAUAUAACGAGACAGUCUAUGCGAUAAAUUAUGCAAGGAAAACAGCACCGACAAGGCAACGAGUUUUUAUGAAUCUGACAGUUGAACAGUUGGAAUCGAUUAGUGCCGAAAUGACCGAGGCAAGAUUCGACCCGAUCAAUAUAUGCUCAUCAAAAACCAACGAACAGAAAAGAUCAUUCUCAGCAAUUUGGCAUAAAACAGACUCAUACCUAUUCCACUAUAUCAUUGAACUUGAAUUAAUUCAAUCGUGUUUUAAAGCGGACGUUCACAAUGCUAACGAGAACUACUAUGCGCAUCUUUUCGAGGUAUUCACGAAUGAAGGUUUGGAAUACUGUAUUGGAAUUUGGAAGAAGAGUAGGACGAGUAUAGAGUAUCGAAUACAGACCGACACAGAUUUGAAGUUGAUGCAAGAGCAAAUGAAAAAUUCCGAAAUGACCGUGAGCCGUGUGUCGGCAAUGCGCACCACCGAUACAGGCCAACUAGUAUUCUAUAUUAUUUGGUUGGGUGUCGCAUUUUCAUGGCUAAAUCAUGAAAUACCGAUAACAACAACAUCGACAGCGUCUAGAUGGCGAAGUCGACGGCAAAACCAUCAGAGUUCUCUUGAUCAUUAUCGGAUCAAUUCUUUGCUCGAUCAACAAAUCGAGCAAAUGAUGUUGUUCGAGGAAAUCCCAUCGCUAUCAAUCUCGGUGAUCACCGAAAAAGGCGUGCAAAUCUCAAAAUCCUACGGCUAUGCAGAUAUACGUCAACUGCGCAAUGUAUACAUAUUCAUUCAUGCAACACCGUACAGUAAAUAUAGGACAGCAAGUAUCAGUAAGGUUCUCACAGCGAUGGCAAUUCAACGACUUCUCGAUAAAGGCCUUCUGAAAACAAUCGACGCUAGAGUUUUUGACGACGGCUCCAUACUUGGUCACAAGUUUGAUCAUGCGGAUCAUGCAAACACGUCGCAUCGGAAUCAGUUCAUGAAUUUGAUAACUGUUAAACAUCUCCUAGAGCACACCGUUGGAGCAUGGGGAAAUCAAGAGCGUCUUGAAUACGAGAGUUGGCCGAGGAACGAAACGUUGGAAAAUACGUACGAUCAUCAUGAUUUCGCUCUGAUUUCAGCUCUUCUAUGGGAACACUCAGAAAGACGUCUGAAUUAUGGUCGUGGACUUCAACUCGUCCCAAAAUCGUCCGAUAUAGCCUACCAUUAUGGCUCAAUGGCCGGAACAGAAGCAAUCGCCUAUUGUGCACCGAAUUUUGGUUUAGGAAUUGUGAUUAAUACUCGGGGUGCGCGAGAGAAUCACUUGACGGGUUGGAUGCAACGGGUUGCGAACUUUUUAAGGACUCAUUUUAGAGAUAUGUGA